UUUUUCUUUUCUUCUCUUCAAAUCCCAGCUAAUGUCCUGGAGGGAGAUUCAAUGGAACAGGAUGUAGAAAGUCCAGUAACCAUUCACCAGCCAAAAUUGCCUAAGCAAGCCAGAGAUGAUCUGCCAAAACACAUCAGCAGAGACCGAGCUAAAAGAAAAAUCCAGAGGUACGUGAGGAAAGAUGGAAAGUGCAAUGUUCACCACGGCAAUGUGAGGGAGACCUACCGUUACCUGACUGAUAUCUUCACAACCUUAGUUGAUCUGAAAUGGAGGUUCAACCUGUUGAUCUUUGUUAUGGUUUACACAGUGACAUGGCUCUUCUUCGGCAUGAUCUGGUGGCUUAUAGCUUAUAUCCGAGGAGAUAUGGACCAUAUAGAGGACCCCACAUGGACUCCAUGUGUCACUAACCUCAAUGGGUUUGUCUCAGCUUUUUUAUUCUCAAUAGAGACAGAAACCACCAUUGGUUAUGGCUACCGAGUCAUCACAGACAAGUGUCCUGAAGGAAUUAUCCUCCUUUUAGUGCAGUCUGUGUUGGGGUCUAUAGUCAAUGCAUUCAUGGUAGGCUGCAUGUUUGUAAAAAUAUCGCAGCCUAAGAAGAGGGCAGAGACCCUGGUAUUUUCUACUCAUGCAGUAAUCUCCAUGCGGGAUGGGAAGCUUUGCCUGAUGUUCCGGGUGGGGGACCUUAGGAAUUCCCACAUCGUUGAGGCUUCAAUUAGAGCCAAGUUGAUCAAAUCUAAACAGACCACAGAAGGAGAGUUCAUACCACUGAACCAGACAGAUAUCAAUGUGGGUUAUUACACAGGGGAUGAUCGGCUGUUUCUCGUGUCACCGUUGAUCAUUAGCCAUGAAAUUAAUCAACAGAGUCCUUUUUGGGAGAUCUCCAAAGCUCAGCUGCCCAAAGAGGAACUAGAAAUUGUUGUGAUCCUAGAAGGAAUGGUGGAGGCAACAGGAAUGACAUGCCAAGCCCGCAGUUCUUAUGUGACCAGUGAGAUCCUAUGGGGUUAUCGUUUUACUCCUGUUCUGACACUGGAGGAUGGUUUCUAUGAAGUAGAUUACAACAGCUUUCAUGAAACUUAUGAGACCAGCACACCAUCUCUCAGUGCCAAAGAGCUGGCAGAAUUAUCCAACAGGGCUGAACUGCCUCUAAGUUGGUCUGUGUCCAGCAAACUCAACCAUCAUGCUGAACUGGAAACUGAAGAGGAAAAAAAUCAUGAAGAACAAACAGAGAGAAAUGGUGAUGUGACAAAACUAGAGAAUGAAUCCAAAGUUUAAAAUCUUGGGUGGAGCAUCCCCUUGUCCUCAUACAACCUUUGUUCAUUUCUUUCUUUUUCCCUCAUUUUAAUGUGUUUAAAAAAAAAAAAAAGAAAAAGAAAUCUUCAAGGUGUGAAAUAUCUGCCUGCCCAUUCUCAAACACAGAGCUUCACAAAGCAGUUAAAGAUCUAGUGGCAGUGACCUCUGUUAGUGGUCUCCUCUCAGACUGUCAUACUUUCAAACUCUUGUAGAUUUUAGCUGGAGAUGUGCAUGAGAUCUGUGAUACCAGGUUGCUUAAAAAAGAGGGUCAUAUUUAAUACCUGGAACAUGAAAAGCCAUCUCUAGUGCCUAAUCAUUCUUGUAGUGAGUAGAAAGUAGCUCUAAAUUGUACAUAUUUCAGCAAAUUUCACAGAUAGGGUGAUGUGCUUGCCAAAAGUGGGCAUUGCCUUUCUAAAGCUGUUAUGUUAAAAGAUCUACAGUUUAACAAGACACUGUACAUAUGCCUUAUGUAAUUUUUUUUCUCUUCACACUUAGUGAUAAAACCCAGCAUGUACACAGGUACUGUAGUGAAGACCUAAAUAAUGUACAUAGUUGUGCAACUUAUGUAGGUUUAGACACCUAACUUUAGAAAUAAUUAAAAAAAAAAAAACUACCAAACAUUGUAUAGUAGGAAUUUCUGUUUUAACAUUUGUAUUUCUCAAAUUAUUUUAGUCCCCCUUAAUUAUCUGGCCUUUUGGUGCAUGGCCCUCUCUUCAGUGUUCCACACUGGCAGCUAUUUAAAUCACCUCAAUGUUUCUUUACUGAUCCUUUCUAAAAAGCCAUAGAUCUGGGGGUAGCUGGAAUUAGGAGGUGAAGAAAGCACCACAAAUUUACAGAAUAUUGUAAAAUAUUUACUAAACUAAUCUUUCUUAUUAGGAAAAGCUGUCAUUCUAAAACAGUCUUCAUCUACCAAUCCAUCUACCAACCUGGUUUAUGAUAGUUUCUUGGGAAUAAGGCUAUUUCCCACAUAACCAUCAAUACAUCUUAUCAGCCUUUUCCUUUAAAGAAUAAUAGCUUGGGGAAAAAAAUUUUUUUCAAAGCUUUUUUGUGUCCAAAUAGUUCCAGAAUAAUCAUUUGAAAAUUUUGAAAAUUGAUAUGCUAGUUGUGGGCAUGGUAGACCUAAAGUUAUAGGAUUUCAUGAAAAGAUUCAAUGAAUGACAUUUAUUAAGGUCUUAGUAAUUUUAUUGGUUUUUGAAUGUUUUUAAAAAAAACUAUCUUUACUUCACACACAUUCCUUCACCUUCCAGAUGUUUUUCUAUCACUAAUCACAUAAAACCAAUAUAAAAGAAUAUGACAGUCACAAAGGAUUUGUAUCUGGAUUUUUUUCCCCUGAAAGAACUACAAAUCAAGAAUUAGAUUAUUAAUCUGCAUUACCUUUGAGAAAAUAUUUCUGGAAUUGGGUAGAAGGUUACAAAUCUGACCCCAAAGUCCCCCUCAAUCAAAACAAAAGAACUACAGCCUUAAUUUUUAAAAUUGCAUGUAUAUAUCUUAUCUGCCUAGUCUGAAAAAGAAGGAUUCACUUUUUUUUAAAGUAUUUUUUGUACAGAAUAUUUGAACUAUAAAGUGACAAUUACAGACACACACAAAAAGAAAAAAAAAACUCAGGAGAAACUUAGUGGGCAGGUGGAAAUUUUGCACUGUGACAGAUCUUUCACAUUAAUUUCACAUCUAUAAACUAUCUGUCCCUAAACACAGUGGCCCAUCAUACUUAUUCAUUCAGUGGAUGUGUUUAUUUUCCGCUUUUACAGCUGCACUGUUUGAGAUUCUACAUCAUC